UAUUUACCUUCCUUGAUGUGGCGACGGUUUCCUUUUGAAACCAUUUGACGACCAUUUCACGAUUCGUAAGUAUGGCGAGUAAUUGGACUGUUUGUGGUGUAUGUGAUUUCCGAAAAGUCAACAAAGCAUCAGUCGUGUGGUGUUCAGAAUGUGACGAGGGACUUUGUGACGAGUGUAGAGCGCACCAUGAUGCUUCAAAAUCAACAAGGAACCAUGACACUAUUACCAUUACAGAAUAUCAGAAGCUACCAUCAAAUGUGUUAGAGAUAACACAAACAUGUCAAAAACACAAAGAACACUAUCAAACAUUCUGCAAGAAACAUGACUGCCCGUGUUGUAGAAGAUGUGUUAUAGAGACUCAUAAUGAUUGUAAUGAUUUGACAGCAAUAGAGGACAUCGUCAAAAAUGUCAAGUCAUCGAAUGCGUGGUUAGAGAUAGAGCAAAUAUUGGUCCAAAUGUUGAAAAAUGUACAAAGAAUUCGUAACGAUCGCACAGAAAAUUUAAAAUGUCUACAGGAUCAGAGGGUAGAUAUUGAACGUGAUAUAAACCAAACCCGGAAAAUGAUCAACGACCACUUAGACAAAAUACAGGACAAAAUAAUUAAAGAAUUAUAUGCUAAUGAAGAAAAUGAAAGCAAGAGAAUAAAGCUGUUGUUGUGUGAGAUUGAAGACAUUGAAAAGGGAAUUUCUGACCUCCAAGGUAACCAAACUAACAUAAGGCUACAUGCAUCAGAACUACAAACAUUUUUAGUUUUAAAGCACAUUGAAAAAGAGGCUUCGGAUAAAGAAGAAUGUAUUCGAUCUGUCCUUAAAAGCGAGGACAUGAAGUUAAAAACCCUGUCUUUAGAGAUUAACAAAGAAAUACAGAAUAUUUGUCGGACUGAAAGUUUUGGGUCAGUUGGUGUUGAGUCAGAUUUGUGCAAAGUUGUUAUUAGUGAAAACAAAUGCAAACAAGCUCAAAUUAUGGUACCUUUUUCAACAUCAAAAUGCGUGGAUGAUCUCAAAAUAACAAAACAAAUACAAAUUAACUUACCUUCUGUUAGAUUAAUAAGAGGUUGCAAACUUUUACCAAGUGGAAAGAUGAUGUUUUCUGAUUAUUACGGUAACAAAAUAAUCGCGUCGAAUAACAACGGUUUGCACGAUUUUACAAUCGCACUAGAUUUUGAACCAUGUGAUAUUGCGUUUAUUGAAUCAGAAAAUGCCAUUGCCGUUACCGGAGGUAAUUCUAAAAAGUUUAUUCAAAUUAUUGACCUAAAAAGCAAAAAGAUAAUGAGAUCUAUAAAAACUUCUGCAUAUCCAUUUGGUAUAACACUGAAUAAAAAUGCCCUUGUAUACUGUAAGAUAGACAAUGGCAUAAUGGAAAUUCAAUUGAAAAGUGAUUCCGAAAAGACGAUCGUUUGCCUUGAAAUGCCAGCAUUUUCUUAUGUUGCGGUGCAUGAUGACAAUAUUUAUUAUACAAAUAGAGACAUCAAUACUGUAUCAUGCUAUGAAAUCCUUGGAAACUUAAAAUGGACUUUCAAGGAUGAGAAACGUCUGCAAUAUCCGCAGGGUAUAUCUGUAGACAGCAAUGGAAACGUGUAUGUUGUCAGUAGGCAUACACACAGCGUUGUCAUCAUAACCCCUGAUGGAAAGCGUUGCAGAACAAUUUUAUCUUCUAGUGAUGGCCUUCAUAUUCCGCGUGCAUUGCAUUUCGAACCAACAAGUAACAAGUUAUUAGUUGCAAAUGAAACUAAGUUCGCGUUUUUAUUUGAUGUUUCUUAGAACAACUACUGUGAACUUUUAACACUGAACCUAUUUGUUUUAUCUUUUUAUGUUAUUAUAUAUUACACAUAACUAUA